AUGAGCAACACGGCAGACCCUUCGUUUCGUGAGGUGAAGGCGCGGCAGGGCGGCCCAACCACUCGGGCUGCCGAUUUAUUCCGUCUUGAUGGUCGGACUAUUAUUAUAACUGGCGGCGCGGGCUAUUUGGGCGUCGAGGUUGCCCAAGCAGUACUGGAGGCCGGAGGGAACCCCGUGUGCCUCGACAUUGUCACCAGCCCUCCUAGCGAACCUUGGAACCAGCUGGAAAAGCUCGCCACUAAGUUUGGCUUGCAAUUAUCGUACUAUCACCUGGACGUGACCAACGAGAACAGCAUCACAACUGUAUUCAACCAGCUCGCACCAACACUCAAAUACCCCAUACGAGGCCUGGUAGCCUGCGCCGGUGUCUCCGAUAACGACCCCGCGCACGAGUUCUCUAUCGAGCGCUUCCGCCGCCUCAUGGAAAUCAACGUCACCGGCACAUUCGCAGCGGCACAGGCUGUGGCUCUGGAGAUGAAGAAGGCUAACGUGGACGGCAGCAUGGUGUUGGUCGCAAGCAUGAGCGGCACGAACGUUAAUAAGGGAGUCGAUACGGCUGCGUACAACUCUUCCAAGUCUGCAAUCUUGCAACUUGCGCGGUCGCUGGCGGCCGAAUGGGGCUCACGAAAGGGCAUGCCUCUCAUCAGGGUCAACAGCCUGUCGCCGGGGUACAUCAGAACCCCCGCCACCGCUGAGGCGCUGCAGAAGCCAGGCAUGGAGAACCAGUGGACCGGAGACAACAUGCUGUACCGCCUGAGCUCCGUGGACGAGUUUCGGGGCCCCGUGCUGUUCCUCCUGGGAGAUGCGAGCAGCUUCAUGACGGCGGCAGACCUCAGGGUGGACGGCGGACACUGCGCAUGGUAG